UGGAAGUUCAUUUCCCAACACCACUGCCAGGGGUGGUUUGGGGACCAGCUCUAGCUAAACAGGACAUAAACCUAGAGGCGGAGGGCCUGACACAGGAAUUCAGUGGGCAACAUAGAUCCGAAGCCAGGCACUGUGAGUAGGAGGCCCAGAGCAUGGAAGACUGUCAGGCAAUCAGAGACCCCAUGAUGAAGAAUCGACUUGAGCAGACAGGUUCAGGUGUGAGUGGGGGGCCUGACCCGCGGGUCCACAGGUCAGCGCUCCCGGCAGGAGGGCCCAUGAUGACUUCUAUUCGCAGACAGAUGCCAUGGCUGAGAAGUCUGACUAUGUGCACAAGCAGCCUGACCCCGAGCCCCACCAAAGGACACAGGCUCUUAACUCCUGGAAAUGUGUCCUCUGUCACCAACUUGCAAGAGUCAUCUGCAGCUGAAGUCCUGGAACUGAACAUGAAUGACCCGGACAGCCGGUCAGGAUAGACGCACAGCAGCGGCAGGCAGCAAGUGCCCAGGGACGGCGUCAUGUGGACCGGCUGGUGGCUCUGGCCCCUGGUGGCCAUCUGCACUGCAGACCAGUUCCGGGACAAUGCGGUGAGACUCAUGCAGAGCACACCUGUCAUCGACGGGCACAAUGACCUUCCCUGGCAGCUGCUGAACAAGUUCAACAAUCAGCUUCAGGACCCGAGGGCCAACCUGACCAGCCUGAACGGCACGCACACCAACAUCCCCAAGCUGAAGGCUGGCUUUGUGGGGGCCCAGUUCUGGUCUGCGUACACACCCUGCGACACCCAGAACAAGGAUUCUGUGAAGCGGACGCUGGAGCAGAUUGACGUCAUCCAGCGCAUGUGCCAGCUCUACCCCGAGACCUUCCUGUGUGUCACGGACAGCGCAGGCAUCCGGCAGGCCUUUCAGGAGGGGAAGGUGGCCAGUCUGGUUGGCGUGGAGGGCGGCCACUCCAUCGACAGCAGCCUGGGUGUCCUGCGGGCGCUCUACCACCUGGGCAUGCGCUACCUGACUCUCACCCACAGCUGCAACACGCCCUGGGCCGACAACUGGCUGGUGGACACAGGAGAGGACGAAGCCCAGAGUCAAGGCCUCUCAUCCUUUGGGCAGAGCGUCGUGAAGGAGAUGAACCGGCUGGGCGUCAUCAUCGACUUGGCCCACGUAUCCGUGGCCACCAUGGAGGCCGCUCUGCAGCUGUCCAAGGCCCCGGUCGUCUUCAGCCACUCCUCGGCCUACAGCGUGUGCCAGCACCAUCGCAAUGUGCCUGACCACGUGCUGCAGCUGGUGAAGCAGACGGGCAGCCUGGUGAUGGUGAACUUCUACAAUGACUAUGUUUCCUGCAAAGCGAAGGCCAACUUGUCCCAAGUGGCAGACCACCUGGACUACAUCAAGAAGGUUGCAGGAGCUGGAGCCGUGGGCUUUGGUGGGGACUACGAUGGUGUGUCCAGGCUCCCCUCCGGGCUGGAGGAUGUGUCCAAGUAUCCAGACCUGGUCGCUGAGCUGCUCAGGAGACAGUGGACGGAGGCGGAGGUCAGGGGUGCCCUGGCUGAAAACCUGCUGAGGGUCUUCGAGGCCGUGGAGCAGGUUAGUGAUCACAAGCAGGCUCCUGGAGAGGAGCCCAUCCCACUGGGCCAGCUGGAGGCUUCCUGCAGGACCAAGUAUGGCUACUCAGCGGCCCCCAUCCUCCACCUCCAGCCAGGGGCCCUGCUGGCCUCCCUUGUGACCCUCCUCCUCAGCCUGUAUCUUCUCUGACACUCUGGGGGCUGGAAUGGCCAUGAUUCCCUGCCCAGUCCUGGGCAGGCUGCAGGGCUCCCGGGCAGUAGAAUACACAGGGACAGCUGGACCUUCAAUAAAGGCACCAAGCCUUCAACUC